AUGGUGAAAGUUUCGUUGUGGCUUAAAUCAGCAGUUAAUAAGAAUCGGAGUGCACGAAGACGUUUGUUUAUUCUUUUCUCGGCAUUUGUAGUUGGUAAGUACGCUUGAUUUCACUUUUUCAUGCUGUUGACCAUAAGCCACCUAAACAACUGUGCACAUGGAAGAUUGUUUGCAUGAAUCCACAGCACGUCCUGUCGUUUAAAUAAUGACAGAUGAAUGGCAAGUCUUUGUUUUUUUCCGACGAUUCUAUAGGCCGCCAACUUCAGCCUGUUUUGCGUAAAAUUUUAACAGAUUCAGCCUUUGCUGCCGAAUCCUUGAACAUGGAGAAUUCUCCCUUGUCGACCAGCUAGUGAAGAAAACUUAUUGCGAAGAAGGGGGGAGGGGAGGGAGUAAAAGCCUUCUGCCUUUUCCACCCCCUCCGCAAAAACGUCUUCCGUUAAAAUGUUCCUUAGUGAAAAAGUCAACAAAAAUGUGAGCUGAACCUUUUUUACUUCAUUAAUGUUCCCUGCUUUCUAAGAAUGCGAAAAAUCCAAAGCCAGUACAAAUACCUUAUAAAAUGUGCCAUUUAUUCUCAAUAAUUCAAUAAUCUAAGCAUCUGUUUCAAGCCACAUACUACGAUACUUUAGAUCGUAAACUUUAAAAAAUCCUUUUGCGUCUUCUCGUUGCUAAAAAAUCUUUUUGAACGAUACGAACGAAAAUCGUGUCCCCAUGCAGACACGACUCGAUCACGUUACUUUGAGACUGCUUAACUUAAUAAGAUAACUUGAAAUUCUCCAUUCAUGUUUUUUGUCUUGUUUCAUAUUGAAGGAGUGGUGUUUUUCUGCUUGAACCAAAGGAAUGAAUACUCGGAUCUUCCUCUUGGGAAACGCAUGACGCGUCACGUGCUUACAGUGGAGGAAAUACUGCAGUUCCCGGAUGAUUAUCACACUAAAGGCAUAUUGUCGCUUCCUUAUGGCGAUAUUGUGGAGCCAUUCGAAGCUUGGUUCUCAAAAACAAAGAAGAUGAGCAGAAUUGACUACUAUAAUGGUGAGAAGAAAGUAGAAAAAAUAGCUGGUAAUAUUGUUGAGUGUGAGGUCAAAUGUUCCUUUGUUUUAACGAGGUUUGCAAAAGCGCCCGCAACCUAAACAUUAAGCCCGUCUCAGUGUUCUCUGGGAAGCCUCUGGGAGGCAAAGGAGCUGUAUAUGCAUGCGACGUAGAUUAGGAACUGUGAGGUAAAUUAAGAACACGUGACUUUAGAUAAAGUAAACAAGUGAGGCAAUCUAUUGCAUUGUAGUUCCUGGACUUAUUUGCUAUAUCGAUAUCUCCGCUUGUGCUCUUAUGCAUCUUUUUCUUGAAUCAAUUUAGGGAUGGACAAAACUUUUCAGCGUGAGGAUCUUGGUAGACACGGAUUUGCGUGCAAGAUAGUCCCUGAAUAUUCAGAGGAGAAGCAAAAAACUUUCACUGGGUGCCUUCAUCGAAGAGGGACAAAAAAAUUCCCCAUUAAAGCACAAAGCAUUAUACCAGCACCUCUGUAUUUCAGGGUACGUUUUUUAGUUUGAAAGUGCAUAGAUUCGAAUAGCUCGUGCCGUAGUGCCUAAAUGUUGACCCAUUAGGGCCGACCAUGAAACUCUUGCAGAAGGAGAGGGGAAGGGGGAAGGGUGAGUGAUUUCAAAUCAAAAUGUCCCGUGUGGAGACGUCUCUUAAUGUAUUUCCUUUGUUGCGUGCAACAAAGGAAAUAAGAGACGUCUGCACGCUGGCAAUUUGCCGUUAACUUGGCUCUAAAUCUCUCUGAGGCCGGAAAUCGCCUGGCCACCAAUAAUAAAAAUGAUUAAUAUUAUACUGCCGAACCAAUAUUUUUUAGUCCUCCCCGCCCUUACCUCUGCUAACCACUGACUGCCUUUUAGUAUUCAGGUGAUGCUGAAGUGAAUGGUACUGAAUGCGCCAAAUGGGAACAUUCCUUUACAAUUUAUGACAAGGUCAACACAUAUACUCUGUACACAACUAAACACCGACCACCAAAACCAAUCCGCUAUGAAAUGAUGGGGUACGACACGCUACUGUCCUCCUACUAUGAUCAUUAUAUCCUGGAUUACGAGAAAUUCGAAGCUUGGAAGUUUAACUAUAAAGUGUUUGAAGUACCUACAGGUAUGUAAGUGUUACGUGAGAUUUCUUAAAUGUAGAGCUGAUUGGCACUUUUAAGGAAUAAACUGAAUCACGGUGAACCAGAUAAAUGAAAGUACUUCCCUUCCUCCUAUUUCUCACGCAUAAUGGCUUAGUUUUGUCCUAGGUUUCAAGGGAUGUUUAAAGCCCUGUGCAAACGGACGCAACAUUAUUGGCUAACCACUCCCAACAUGGUUGGAUGUUACAUGUUGCGUCCGUUCAGCACACCCUGUCGCAUGUUGUUGGGAGAUGUUGCGCAGAGUCUGAAACCAGUCAAACGUUUGAGCCAGCAACUCCCAAUUAACAUUUUUUUUGUUCCGUGAUCGUGAAGGCGUAGCGAAACAAUGUUGGAUCCGCUGGC